AUGAACAGACAUACAAGAUAUAAUUGUUUCAUUCGAUUGUAUCCCAUUGUACAAGAGAACAACACAGACAGACAGAAUUUGUACAAGUGCACAGUCAAAAUGCCAUCUUUACACAAACAACGUCAAAAUUUUACACUUGAUAUCGACAGUGAUAAAUGGUCGAAUAUCAAAUCUUCAUCAUCUGACUCGAUUCAUUUCAUAUUCUAA